GCCGGGCGCUCGGGGCGCGCGGAAUGUGAGGCUCGGCCGGCCGCAGCGCGCACGGACGCUCGCACGGGCGAAGGGCGGCGGGCCGUCGCGGACGCCGGGUGGCAGCCGGGCCCUCGCGCGCGCGCCGGCGGGACCAUGAAGAAGUUCUCUCGAAUGCCCAAGUCCGAGGGCGGCGGCGGCGGCGGCGGCGGCGGCGGCGGGGCGGCGGGCGGCGGGGCCGUCGGGGUCGGCUCCGGCUCCGGGAGCUCGUCGGUCGGGGUCCGGGUGUUCGCAGUCGGCCGCUACCAGGUGACGCUGGAGGAGUCUCUGGCCGAAGGUGGCUUCUCCACAGUUUUUCUGGUGCGGACUCAUGGUGGCGCUCGUCAUGCAUUGAAGCGAAUGUAUGUCAACAACAUGCCUGACCUCAACAUUUGUAAAAGAGAAAUUACUAUUAUGAAAGAGCUGUCUGGUCACAAAAAUAUUGUGGGCUAUUUGGACUGCGCUGUUAAUUCAAUUAGUGAUAAUGUUUGGGAAGUGCUUAUCUUAAUGGAAUAUUGUCGAGCUGGACAGGUAGUGAAUCAGAUGAAUAAGAAGCUACAGACAGGCUUUACGGAACCAGAAGUAUUACAGAUAUUUUGUGAUACCUGUGAAGCUGUUGCAAGGUUGCAUCAGUGCAAGACUCCAAUUAUUCAUCGGGAUCUAAAGGUAGAAAAUAUUCUGUUAAGUGAUAGUGGAAACUAUGUACUUUGUGACUUUGGCAGUGCCACUAAUAAGUUUCAUAACCCACAAAAAGAUGGAGUUAAUAUGGUUGAAGAAGAAAUUAAAAAGUAUACAACUCUGUCAUACAGAGCUCCUGAAAUGAUCAACCUCUAUGGAGGGAAACCCAUCACCACGAAGGCUGAUAUCUGGGCACUGGGAUGUUUGCUGUAUAAACUUUGUUUCUUUACUCUUCCUUUUGGCGAGAGUCAGGUUGCUAUCUGUGAUGGCAACUUCACUAUCCCAGAUAACUCUCGUUACUCCCACAACUUACAUUGCUUAAUAAGAUUCAUGCUUGAGCUUGAUCCAGAGCACAGACCUGAUAUCUUUCAAGUUUCAUAUUUUGCAUUUAAAUUUGCCAAAAAGGAUUGCCCGGUUUCCAACAUCAAUAAUUCUUCUAUUCCUUCAACUCUUCCUGAACCCAUGACUGCUAGUAAAGCAGCUGCUAGGAAAAGCCAAAUAAAAGCCAGAAUAACAGAUACCAUUGGACCAACAGAAACCUCAAUUGCACCAAGACAAAGACCAAAGGCCAACUCUACUACUACUGCAUCCACUGUGCUGACCAUUCAGAGUUCAGCAACACCUGUUAAAGUUCCUGCUCUAGGUGAAUUUGGUAACCACAGACCAAAAGGAGCACUGAGGCCUGGAAAUGACCCUGAGCUUGUACUGGGUCAAGCACCCGCUCAGCAGACACCACAACAGCAUAGAGUACUCCAGCAACUCCAGCAGGGGGAUUGGAGGUUGCAGCAGCUUCAUUUACAGCCCAGACAUUCUCACCAGCAGCAGCAGCAGCAGCAGCAGCAGCAGCAGCAGCAGCAGCAGCAGCAGCAGCAGCAGCAGCAGCAGCAGCAGCAGCAGCAGCAGCAGCUUCAGGAUGUUUAUAUGCCGCAGUAUCAACAUGCAAUUCAACAACAGCGGUUACUUCAACAACAGUUUUUAAUGCCUUCUGUCUAUCAGCCACAGUCUUCUGCAUCACAUUAUUCUGCAAUGAUGCAGCAGUAUCAGCAGUCUUUCUUGCAGCAGCAAAUGCUAGCUCAACAUCAGCAGUCUCAGCAGCAGGCAUCACCUGAAUAUCUUAGCUCCCGCUCCCCUCAAGAGUUCUCACCAGCCUUGGUUUCCUACACUUCAUCACUUCCAUCUCAGGUUGGAACCAUAAUGGACUCCUCUUAUAGUGCCAAUAGAUCUGCUGCCGAUAAAGACACAGUUGCAAAUAUUACAAAUCAGAAGAGUAUCAGUAAUCCACCUGAUAUGUCAGGGUGGAAUCCAUUUGGAGAGGAUAAUUUUUCCAAGUUAACAGAAGAGGAACUGUUGGACAGAGAAUUUGACCUUCUAAGACCAAAUAGACUGGAGGAGAGAGCACCCUCAGAUAAGAAUGUAGACCCACUUUCUACUUCACAUAACCAUCCUCCAGAAGAUCCCUUUGGUUCUGUUCCUUUCAUUUCCCACACAGGUUUGCCUGAAAAGAAAAUUGAACAUUCAUCUGGGAAUCAAGAAAAUAACACUGCAAACCCUGUCAAGAAUAGCAAAGCAAGUCCAGUAUCUAAAGACCACCGAACUGGCAAGAGAACAUCAGUACAGGGUCAAGGUCCAAAAGGUAAUGAUGAAUCAGAAAGUGAUUUUGAAUCAGACCCACCUUCUCCUAAGAGCAGUGAAGAGGAAGAGCAAGAUGACGAGGAAGUGCUUCAGGGAGAACAAGAUGAUUUUAAUGAUGAUGAUACAGAACCUGAAAAUCUGGGUCAUCGGCCUCUCCUCAUGGAUUCUGAAGAUGAAGAGGAAGAAGAAAAGCAUAGCUCUGAUUCUGACUAUGACCAGACCAAAACAAAGCACAGUGAUUCUAAUCCUGUCUACAGAGAAAAAUCUGGCAGUGGACCCAUCCAAGACCCUGGUGUCACACUCCUCACCUCCACCCUGCUGCCCUCUGAUGGAGUAGACACUCUCAAACAGGAGUUUGAUGAGUAUGAUGUGUUUGGCGCUGUCCCCUUUUUUGCAGUGCCUGCUCAGAAGCCCCAGCAAGGAGAGAAAGAAAAGAAGCACUCUCAACAGACCCACCUUCCUGCUGUGGGCUUAGAGCAGGAGGAAUUUGAUGUCUUCACGAAGGCCCCCUUUAGCAAGAAGGUACAUGUGUCAGACUACCGGGCAGCGCAAUCCCAUGAUGCACACACGCUCCCCAGUUGUCCUAGUACUGUGGAUAUAUUUGGUUGUACCCCAUUUCAGCUCUUUCCCGCAUCUAUGAAUAAAAGCGAAAGCAGUGAGGAUCUCUUUGGACAGGUGCCCUUUGAGGAAAUCACUGGGCAUCAGCAACAAAAAGUGAAACAGCGCAACUUACAGAAGCUAUCCUCUCGCCAGAGACGCACCAAGCAGGACGUUUCCAAGAGCAAUGGGAAGCGGCACCAUGGCACCCCCACCAGCACCAAGAAAGCAGCCAAGCCUACCUACCGGACACCAGAGAGGGCACGAAGGCACAAAAAAGUGGGCCGCCGAGACUCUCAGAGCAGCAAUGAGUUUUUAACCAUCUCAGACUCCAAGGAGAACAUCAGCAUGGCCUUGACGGAUGGGAGGGACAGAGGCACUGUCCUGCAACCUGAGGAGGGGCUGUUGGACCCUUUUGGUGCCAAGCCCUUCCAUCCUCCAGAUUUGCCCUGGCACCCUCCCCAUCAGGGCCUGAAUGACAUGCGUGCGGAUCACACUCCUGGCCUGCCCGGGCGACCCAGGCCCAACUCACUGCACGGCUCAUUCCACAAUGCAGAUGCACUGAAAAUGGAUGACUUUGGUGCCGUGCCCUUUACAGAACUUGUGGUGCAAAGUGUCACCCCCCACCAGUCCCCACAGACCCAGUCAAUUGAAUUAGACCCAUUUGGUGCUGCUCCAUUUCCUUCUAAACAGUAGUUUCUUUGGAGGGAGUUUUGGCAUUAACUCUUGUCUCAAAAAAAAAAAAAGUAUGAAUAGUUUUAUGAAUUUGCAAGAAAGUUUAUUUGUGUAGCUCUUUAUAGCAUUCAUUCUUAGAGGUUGGUCAGGAUAGGGGAUUUUUAAAUAAGCCAAAUAGAAGAAGGAAGUAUCUCCACAGGGUAAUGACUGAUUUGAUAGCUCUACCAGUCAGGAGAAAAGGGAGCUCAACUAAAAGCUUGAGCCCAGGGCUUCAGCAACUGACAAGACAGCACAGAAACCCAGGGGCAGUGUGUGGCACUUGUCAGUUGUAAAGCCACUAAAAGGGAACUAGAAAGCUGCAUGGCUAUUUUUAUAGCAGAAUGUUGUAUGUGUACAUAAUCCCAGGUCAGUUUCACAAUCAGUCCAGCAUUUAAAAUUAAAUUUGUGCAUACACAAGUUGAAUCUGUGGAAUUUUUUUUAACAGUCUCUUCCACACAGUUAAAAAAAAACACAAAUCAAUAAUAAUAAUAAAAUUGACUUCUUUAAAAGAAUUCAAAGGGUACUUUCUGGUCAGAGCAGAGAGAUUUUACUCCUUAGAUCUCCACAAAGUGAGCCAGAAUUAACUGACAUUUGUGCCUAAAACUGUUUCUUUUUAAAAACAAGUGCCAUUAAGUAUGUGAUAAAUCCAAAUAAGGCUAGAAUAAAAAGAAAUGAGAAAUAAUCUGACCUUUAAAAAGUGUAAAAGGAGAAAAUGAUGUAGAAGAGACAAAUGGUAGAAACACUUUACAUUCUGUUUUUGAAUAGCUACUUGCCUGAAUGUUUAUUAUCAUGUUACUAGUAGAGCAGAUUAUCAGAAAAACUGGGAAGACAAGAAAAUGUUAUUUCAGGGAAAAACAUAUGUAGCUAAAACCCUGAGUUUUUAAGACGUUUACAAUGUAAAAUCAUGUUACAUUUAAUAAUGUACUUUAAUUCCCACCUUCACCAAAAAAUUCCCAAGUUAUGAGCAACCAUUUUGUAGUUAGGUUGGGAGGUGGAGUCAUUUUUAGUUAAGUGCACAGAACAGUGAAACCCAUAAAGCCUUAUAAGUGGGACCCUCGUGUCCUGCUCCAAGUGCCUCUGCACUGACUACACAAGAUCUGAGUAUGGCUGUAAUGUAGUAGGUGAGGAGGGACUAGCAUCUUAACUCUGCUAGUUGAUAGUGUCUUUAGUGAAAAGAACCCAGCUACCAAAUUGCCUUUUUGUUUUUUUAAUACCACAAAUCCUAAUUAGAAACUUGAGAUUUUAUAGAAAUUGCUUAGUGAGAUAGAAAUGACAUAUAUGAAUUAAUUUGAAUGUAGUAGCUAUACUUCCUGUAUCUCCUUUAUUUUUUAAGUUAUAAUUAACUAUCUUUCCCUACAAAGUUAACAUUCAGUAGUUUCUAGAACUAUUAAAACCAUUUACAAAAAGGGAUGGAAUCUCUUUAAUAACUGGCACACUCCUUGAUUACUGUAUUUAAAAUUAUCUCUAUUUGAACACAAUUAAAGUGUAUUUUAAAAAUAAUCUUACUAGGAUCUCUAAAUUAUCGUGUCCUCAUUGGGCUAUUUGUUUUCACUAUUUUAAGCCUGGAAAGUAGCAAAGUAUAUGCACUAGAGCAUAUAUAUUUUCCCUUUUAAUUACUUAUUUUUUCCUCUUUUAUGUUUUAAAUCACACAAAAAUUUGUGGGCAGACCAAGCAUUACAUUACUGCUUAAGAGUAGUAUGGUUAGAGUCUGAUCUCACUAGUUAUGUAUUCUGUGCCAAAGGCAAGUAUUGUGUUUGCACCUUUUUUUUUUCCCCUCCAGAUUCUCAGGUUGAUUAAUACUGCUAACACAAGAUGCUUAAGUAGAUGUUCUUUAAAAUUAUUUAAAGUUGGUUCAAAUGAUACUAUUUUAAAAGUGAAGAAUGAAAGGUUACACACUGUAAAUUCAUGAACUACAGUAGGUUUGUGUCAAAUAAUUAUUUUUUUUAAAUGAAAAUUUGUGGGUUGACCUGUACACUAGUGUGUUUCUUUGAGUAUUUUAAUCUUUGGCCUUGGUCUCUGCUAGACCUCAUGUGUUCAUGAUUUAGAAGGGUACUGAUGGAUUAAUGUGGUCACCUAGGUUAAGCAUGAAAUACAGUGAGUCUGAUACUGAGGCUUUUAUACCUGCUUUUCAAUGCACUGAAAUUUUAAAUGAUUUAGAUGCCAAUAUAGAUUUCAUAAUGCUAGAAUACUAUAACAGUGGAACAGAAAUCAGCUUUGGCAUUACUUAAAUAAAAUACUUAUGUUCUUAUGUUUACUAUGUCACAGCGUUUCCUCUUAAGAGAUUACAGCUCAGAGGAAACUUGGGGUUCUUGUGGGGGGAUCUCCAGUGGGAUAAAGAUGGGGAGAUUCCUUUGUGCUGAAAUAGUGUAGUUUUCUCAAGGGAGUAUAGAAGUAGCAUUAUUUUCCAUUUCAGUCAUCUCUUACUAUAGGCCACUUUCUAUAGCUGAUGCCCAGGUAAAUCCUUAUUAGAAUCAAGCUCCUAAGGCAUGUGGUAGAGCUUAUCACACACUUGGCUCACAGCACUCAGGAUGCUUGGCUGUGAAGGGGUGGUCCAAUUUUUGUUUAAACGUGGAAAGUUGAAAUUACCUUCCUACCAGAUGUUCACUGUGCUUCUAAUUUAGCAUGUGAAAUAGUCACAACUCUAAACCUGUUAUACUUGAACCAAGAAAAGUGAAAUACUAUGAAGCUAGCAAAAAAUCUGAGGCCAAAGUUACUUCUAACAGCUUUAAUGAUGCAUGAUCUUUUAAAAUAUGGACUAUCUGCUUAGUUAUUUUACUAUUACCACUUUAGCAAAAUGUUAAGAUUGGAAAAGACCAGCUUUGACCGCAUUGACUACAUCUGCUAGGAGCUCCAGUGGUACGAUUGGUUAGCACACAGUUCUUAGAUGAAUCUAUCUGCUAAGACACAAGUUGGUUGGUAUAUGUAUAUUAGAUGGAGAGGGAAAGGUUAUAGGCUGGAAGAAAUCUUAAUUGACUAGUAUUCAGGAAGCAUCAACCAGGAACGAAUUUUCCACUCACCCUCUGUAUCACUUCAUGUAUUUAGUCACAGUUACAGUGUUAUUUGGAAUUUUAGGUAGACCUUGAGAUAUUACUCAGUGUUUAUCAGUAACAGAUUGUUCUCCUCAUUUUGCUGGUGGGAAAUAGCACUGUGGAGCCCCCUCUUCUCAGAUGUUCAUCAGGCUGAGCAGUUUUCUUACUACCUAGCUACUCUGCUUUGUUUAGUUAGGUCUCUGUACUUCACAAACACUGUUAGAAGGUACAUGUGUUAGUAUCAGUAGCUCUGAGGAGUUUGGGUACAUUUAAUAUCUGUAGAAUGUGCAGAUGAACCAUUUUGUAUUUCCUUUUUAGCAAAUUUAUUCAGCAUUUUAGGUCCAAUAUUAAGUAAGCUGACAGAUCUACUGUGAGAAUGAGAUGACAGACCUACUGUGAGAAUAACAUAGAUGAUAGUUUAUUGGAAACUUUUAUACUCAGUGAUGUUUGUUUAUUAAGGUAACUGUAUACACACACACAUGCAUGUUCAUGUCAUAGCUCUCUACUGUGGAGUUGAUGUGAAUUUUUAGAUUUUAAAUGGAAUUGCAACCACAAUCACUUCUAAAAGAAAAUUCACUCCUAGUGAGGGUUUACAGAAGCCACUAAAAAGAAUAAGGUAGAUGAAAAUGCAAAGGGUAAUCAUUUGGGGUUAUUUUUAUUUUGAAAUGUAUAGUGCUACUUUCAAAAGAAUUUUUAUUCACAUUUUGUGAUUAAGAAGUCACCUAGUAGUAAGCAGUAUAGUAGUAGUAAGCUACUUUUAAUUGCUGGCAAACAGCUUUAAGUGCACUUUCUUUGAUUAUAGUUUCAUUUUUGUUAAACUUGAAUCUUCUGAAGCCUUUUAUGUACCACUAAGCAAAUACUUUAACUUAAAUAAACCUGAUUUACAUCUUAAUUAUAUUUCUAAUUGUUACAUAACAUACUUUAUAGAGUAACUUCAGUCCUCAACUGUAGGUGGGAAACUUGUGAUACAGAAUCUGUUACUUUUUUUUCUAUUAUGUCUAAUUAAGCACUAAACAGAUUUUAGUACUCUGUUGCCUUUACAUUGCUUAUUCUUAUUGACUGAUUUCUGUCCCUCAUUUGCUUUUUGUUUUGUUUGAAAUUAGAAGUUAUUUUCUUACUAUAUUUAUCAUACCUACUGUUUUAAUCUGCUUUCUUUAAAUACAAUAAAUCCCAAAUGGAUUGCAUAUUCUUUAUAA